AGAGUUAAUUUCGAGCCGUCUAAGGUUUCCACGAAAAAACACGCCGUAAUUUCAUAAAGAAGUUGAGCUGAGUACAGUAAAGGAAGGAGGCGUGGCCACUUCUCCUGCCUUAACUGUUCGAAGGGACUGACGGAGGGAGUUCAGAUCACAUUUAGAGCUCAAGGAAGAAGGAAAUAACUAAUGAGAACACAGCUGGCUGUUUUUGAAUGACCUACAGAUCUCAAUGGACUGGGCCCUUCUUAUAGUUUUACAAGUGUUAUUUCAGCCCUCUCUCUCAGUCUUAUUCACUGUUGAGGCAGAGCAAAGCAUGUAUACGUCAGAGUUUGGAGAAAGUGUCGUGAUGGGCUGCAAGUUCAACCCUAAACCCUCCUAUCCUCAUCCUGACCUGAACGUGACCUGGCACUGGAUCAACUCUGACUCCGUUCAGGACGUGAUCCGGCUGGAUAAUGGCGUGGCGCGCUCGGAAUCUCCAAAGUAUCGGGGACGAGUGCAGCUUCUGACCGAGGAGCUGGCGGAAGGCUGGGCUAAGCUGAAGAUGUCCAGUCUUAGAAUCAGUGACGCCGGGAAGUACCAGUGUGUGGUUCAUUCAGCGGAUGGAGCCGACUAUAAAACUAUAGCCUUGUCUGUUGAAGCAUCUUAUAAAUCAGUGACCAAACACAUUGAGAGGGCAGCAACAGGUGAUGAGGUCCUGAUAACCUGCCAGUCUGAGGGAUACCCUAAGUCAACGGUUGAAUGGCAGAAUGGAAACCUGAAGACACUCAAUCCCAACACCACUGCUGAAUCAACACCAGACCAGAUUUUUAGAAUCACCAGCCAGAUAAAAGUCAGCUCAUCAGAAAAAAACAACUACACCUGUAAAUUUACAAAAGACGGCAGCUCUGCAACAAUUUAUAUUCCAGAUGAAAUACCACUUAGUCCUGCAAAAAGUGAUGCUGUCAUCAUUAUACUGUGCAUAGCAGUGAUAGUGGCAUUCGUCUCUGUCGGAGUGGUCACCUAUCGACGACGAAAAGGGUCCCACAAUCACAGCACUCACAGCACCAGGAACCUCCUGGAAAGACCUGCUCCUACCGCUGCUUCCCGUCUGAGAAGUUAUGACGACAACUAUGAGAAAGAGAUAGCUCCUUGUAAUGAAGGCGACGUUGAGGAAAAUCUGGGGUUGAAUGUGAAAACGCAUUACUCAGAAAGCUUUCUCAGUGCAGAGCGAAGGAAUCAAUGCAUCACUUUCAGUGCGGAGGAGCUGCCUCGCAGACUGCAAAACAAUGAAGGCCACCCUGUGAAUCUUCCUGCUUUACUCCCGGGUGCUGGUGAGACAUUUUUCCUUGAGGGACUUCCCGGAAGCGGGAAAACAACUGUAGCCCACAUCCUGAUCUCAUCCUGGACUGAAUGGCCCACAGAUUCCCUUUCCAACUUCCUCGACCUCAGCGCACUUCAUCUUCUCUUAUAUGUUGACUGCAGCUCCGUGAAAGACGACUUGUUUCAGGAGAUAACAACUCAGCUUUCACUCACCAAAAAUAUAUCAACAGAAAAGUUGAGAACUCUUUUAAUCACAUCUGGCAAGGCUCUGCUUUUGUUGGACAGCUACAAAGAAGGAAACCAAUAUUUCGAUGACUCAUUAAGGAAGUUUCUAAGUGAACGAAUAGGUUGCAGGGUGCUGGUCACGGCCAGCCCAGGACACUGCCCCGUGCUCAGGCAAACGGUUGGGAAUGAAGGAGUUCGAAAGCUUCAAAUACAACCUGCAAAGUACUGAGUUUAAAAAUAAUAUUGUGACCAAAAAAAACCCACUGUAUAUGAGUUAGAUUUUUAACAAAUGAGGCAAGAGUUUUGUGUUUCUGUGUGUGUGUGUGUGUGUGUGUGUGUGUGUGUGUGUGUGUGUGUGUGAGUGAGAGAGAGAGAGAGAGAGGCAUUUAGAUUUUUAUAAGCCCAGAUAUGCUGCAGAAUGUAUGUACUGCAUGAUGAUGUGUAUUCAAAGUGAUGCUUGGGAAGUUAUAGACGUGCAACAAAUUAUAAUUUUGUAUUCUUUGUUGUCUUGUUUGUCACUUUCAUUACUGUGCAAUAUCUUUUUUCAAAAUUCUUUUAGAGAAAGUACAUCAUUGUUACUGGAAAAGCUGCAUAGUGAAAGCAGUGAUAAGAAACUGGUGUUUGCAGAAACGCGGCAAUUAAAAUCUCCUUUUUCAAUACAUGUAACAGUUCAGAUACAGCAAUGGUUUCUGUUUUAGCUCAGUGUGUGUGCAUGAAAAAGAGAAAGGUCAUAGUUAAGGCAUCAGCUAGACUGCAAUCAAAGCAGCAACAGCUUCUCUCUGGUGUCAAGAGUAAGAGGAAGUGACACUUUGAGUGUUCCUGACAAGAGAUCAUUUAUGCCAGUAACAUUUAAUUUAAAAAAAAGAAAGGGUCUUUUUUUAAUUCUUUUUUUAAAUUUUUGUAGGUUCUUCAUUUUGUGGAAAAGCUAGCAUGUUUACAAAAUUUGAAAUGGCAUCGAGCCAGUAACUUCUCUCAGCCCUGAUCUGUUGCACUGGUCGACAUCAUCUUUUACUAAACUCGAUUGUGCGCUUUUUCGCUACGGCUGGUGACUUUACAUGAUCUCAAAAAGUCCUGAGUCAGCAGUAAACAGCAUGUUGUUGUUGUUUCGUUUAUCAAAUGCACAAAAAGCGAUGAACGUUUGUGUGGUAAAUAGAGAAGUGAAAGAAAACAUGCUUUAAAUAAGAGAAUGAUAUCCAAAUAAUGUGGCUUACUGCAGUUUACAGUCACACACGUGAUGUGCGAUUAACACUGCAACAAAACAGACGGGGAAAUAUUCCACCAAAGUAGUUUGUUGUCUUUAAGCUAAUACACAACUAAAAUGUGAUUUUAAAAAAAGGAAACUCAGCAGAGAUGGGUUUGUAGAAAGCUAAAAGAAGACCAAAUCCCUAAAGACUCAUCACAUAAUUUUACAUGUAGGGAAGAAGGGCCUGAAUCAGGGAAGCAUCCAAGCAAUUUGUCAUUUAGCAGCCAUAGUAGUUAAACCCAGUAAAAAACAAAACAACGCCCCCUAAAAGAAAUUUAAAUUGUUGUUACAAAAAGACCUCGUAUGUUUGCUUUAUUUCCCCAUUUGGCUUUUGAUUGGCUCGGUUUCCUGACAGAUUUUUUUGAGAGUCCAGGAUGUACAAGAAGUGUCUAAAAGAUCAUUACAAGUGGGAUAGAAGAAGGAGAACCAUCUCAACAGCACUUUAUUACUUGUUGUUUUUUUUCUAAGCCAAGAUGGCUAAUAGCACUCCAAUGCUAAGGCACGGUGGAGGCUGCAUCAUGUUAUGGGGCCGUUUCUCAGUAGAAGGAACUGUUGUAAUGGUCAGAAAUGAGAAAGAGCGCAUGCAACCUAGUCAGCCAUCUACUUCUCUUUCAGCACAAGACCUUUACCCCAGACAGCAUCUGUUUAAAAGAAAGACUUACCCACCUCCAGGCUUUGCCCUUGUGCACUUUGACUUCAAUUCUUCACCAUUUUUUAAAAAUACAAACUUCUGUCAGAUCUGUGUGGAAAAUCACACACAACUCUGGGAAUACCCAGCUGUCUAACUCCUGGAGUUUAUAAAAAAAUUCUUCUAUAUAACUCCCUCUUUAUAUCCAGUAGAAUUGAUUAACUGAUUAUUUUUGAAACAAUCUGUGACUUCAUGGUUUUUACUGGUCAGAAUAUCAUCCCCUCUUUAGAUGAUAUGCAUUUAUGACAAUACAACCACUGCUAAAGAUGAAAAAGUGUUUUUAUGUGUGUGUGUUUUUGCAUAUUCUUAACGCAAACAAACUUUUUCUUUGAGAAAAUGUCUCCUUUUUCAUUAAGCUCACCUCACAUUUCUAUCAUUUUUCAAACUAAGCAGUUCCACAGUAGUUUACGGUUGAUUUCUAAAGCCAAUUAAUUUGUAUACAAAUUUGUUUGUGAAAAAAAAACAACUUUUUUUAUACAUUAAAAUGGAAGAUUAUUGGAUGUUUUUGAAAUUUUAAAAGAAAAGGCUUAAAUUAGAUCAGCAAAUAAGGGGGAACCAAAAAGCAACAAUCCUGGAAACCUUUGCCGAUGACCUGUAAAAAAGUAUCGAUGUGGACUAAUUUAUUUCAAUAAUGCAAACCAACAAGAGCACUGUAAAUUAGAUGAUCACAGUCCUCAUUAGGCAAACAUAACAAGCAUAAAACAGUAUUUUUUUUUAAAAUUUUAUGCAUGUGUUUCACUUUCACAGACAGCUCAAGUAAAGGCAGAUGACAGAUAAUCCAUACACUGUGAUGUAAGGGCAAACCUUCUGUAAGAAGCUGAGGUGGGGCUGGGUGGGAUCUUAGAGGCUGCUGUUCCCUGGAAAAAUCUGGCACACAAUCUGGAGCGCAGGCAUUAUCCAAGAAAACCUGCUUUAAUGCAAAACCAGGGUGCAGUGUAAACUGGAAACUGGCACGCCAUCAAAACACAGAUCAUUACUUCCAAUCAGACCCUAAGAAAUCCUUAAGUUGGUGAAGUCAUGACUACUAUGCCAUGGUAUCAUCCUCAUCAUUUUUCCCCCACAUGUGAGGCUGCAGAUAUUUAAGUCAAAGGGAAGAAUCUGACUCAGAGUCAUCUGAGAACAACAAUUUCUGCAAAAUCUGAACAGCUGAAUAAGUCUAAAUCUUACAAUUUGCUGGUCUGCUAACUCCGCUCUGUCUGAGUCACGAUACAAUCUUGAAAAACAUUCAAGCAUGAAUAAAGGGGAGG